UUGCCGGGUGGCGGGCACUGGGAAGUACAAAAACAAAACUACAAAGCCAGAAGAGAAAAAUUCCAACGGUAUUUAGGAAAAAAACACCGAACUUUUUGAUAUGUAAAUCCACGGUUUUCCGUAUUUUUCUAAAUUAUGAAGCCAGAAAUAUUCAAAGGGAUUGCCAAUUGUGUCAACAAUUUCGAUGGAAACUAUUCGGAUUGCUUUGACAACUUGUGCAAACUGUACCCGGAUAUUUUACCAGAAACCCUUAAGAGUAUUAUGAACAAAUGCAGCUGCCAAAAUAAUAAAAAGAACCUGUGGAAAUGUCAAAAAAAUUCAACAAUGUUGUACUCACAGUUUUUAGAGGCAACGAGUACAAAUUUUCCUGUUGGUUUUGUCGCCAAAUUGGCUAAGAAAUAUGGAGUGGAACCUUUGGCAGUGGCGAACGUUUUAUUGCAGGAAGAAAAUAAAUGUAACGGUGGUUCUACAAAAAUGUGGCAUUUGAUAAAGGACACAUCCCUAAUCAAUAAUCAAUAUCUAGCACAUGAAACCUUUUUAUGCACUCUGCUCGACUUCAGUUACAGUCCUAUUGGAAAUGUUAUUAAAAAGAGAACUGGCUAUGAAUAUGAAGUAAAAAUUCACACUGAAUUAAAGAAACAUGGUCUAAGCUUUAGGACAGAAUAUGAUCUUCGAAAACAAUUAUAUAUGAAAACUCCUGACAUACUGCUAGAUGUGCCAAUUGCUGUUAAUAAUUCAAUUGUAAGAUGGAUUGAGAGCAAGGCUUUAUUUGCAGAUGAACCAACCCACAAGCAAUACUGUCAAGAACAGUAUUUUACAUAUUUUGAUAGUUUUGGCCCAGGACUUGUCAUUUAUUGGUUUGGAUUCUUGGAUGGCAUAGUACAACCAGGGGAAAAUCGAUACAUCGUUCAUGACAAAUUUCCUGAUAACUUCCUAAAGCUUGAAAUUUAGCACCUUUAUCAUUGUACACUAUGAAAUUAAAGUUAUUAAUAAAAUAUAAUGAAAGGUUUCCAUACACAUAUAAAAGAUUCAUAUAUGUAUAUAUACAUGAUGUAUGUACACUUUAUAUGGAAAUAUGAAAAUUUGUUAUACUGCUGUUUGUAUAUUUUUUAAAAA